UUCCAGCAGCGGAGUGAGGUGGGUGGGGCCGCAGGCAGCGCUCCCGCCCCACUCCUCCCUCCCUCCCUCGCCUUCUAGGUCCCGGGGCGGGCGACCGACUCAGCAGACACUGCCGGGGCUGGACAAACUUCGACUGGCUCCCGGCGAAGCGUCCCAGAGGAGCCGCCCAGCGCGCAGAGCCCGGGUACUGGCGAGCCCCUGGGACCCUCCCCCUCCGCUCGCGGAGGUGCGGAGCCGGAGCAUCCGCGGAGCCCCGGGCGCUGCUGACCGCUGACGGGCUGCCCGCGCGCCGCAGCUCCCCACUCCCCCGCGCUCCGCCGCAGGGGCGGCGGCGAGAUGGCCGCGCGGGUGGGCCUCCUGCUGCGCGCCCUGCCGCUGCUGCUGUGGGGCGGCCUGGACGCUCAGCUCGCGGAGCGCGCAGGCGGGGAGCUGCGCAAGGAGGCAGAGGCGUUCCUGGAGAGGUACGGCUACCUCAGCGAGCAGGCCUCCAAGUCUCCCUCCCUGCGGUUCAGCGACGCCAUCAGGGAGUUCCAGUGGCUGUCCCAGCUGCCUGUCAGCGGCGUGCUGGACCCCGCCACGCUGCGCCAGAUGGCACGGCCCCGCUGCGGGGUUGCGGACACCGACGGUCAGGCAGCCUGGAGCGAGAGGGUCAGUGCCCUGUUUGCUGGACGCCGGGCCAAAAUGCGUAGGAAGCGCUUUGCAAAGCCAGGCAACAAGUGGUACAAGCAGCACCUCUCCUACCGCCUGGUGAACUGGCCGCAGCACCUGCCGGAGCCGGCAGUCCGAGGGGCCGUGCGCGCCGCCUUCCAGGUGUGGAGCAACGUCUCGGCGCUGGAGUUCUGGGAGGCCCCGGCCACCGGCCCCGCUGACAUCCGCCUCACCUUCUUCCAAGGGGACCACAACGACGGGCUGAGCAACGCCUUCGAUGGCCCAGGGGGCGCCCUAGCGCACGCCUUUCUGCCGCGCCGGGGCGAAGCUCACUUCGACGGAGACGAGCACUGGUCCCUGAGCCGCUGCCGCGGGCGCAACCUGUUCGUGGUGCUGGCGCACGAAAUCGGCCACACGCUCGGCCUGGCCCACUCGCCCGCGCCGCGCGCGCUCAUGGCGCCCUACUACAAGAGGCUGGGCCGCGACGCGCUGCUCAGCUGGGACGACGUGCUGGCGGUGCAGAGCCUCUACGGAAAGCCCCAGGGCCGCUCUGUGACUACCCAGCUCCCAGGAAAGCUGUUCACGGACUUUGAGGCCUGGAACCCCCACAGACCUCAGGGACGGCACCCAGAAACCCAAGUUCCUAAAUAUUGCCACUCUUCCUUCGAUGCCAUUACUGUCGACGGGCAACAGCGACUGUACAUCUUUCAAGGGAGCCACUUCUGGGAGGUGGCAGCUGAUGGCAACGUCUCAGAGCCCCGUCCCCUGCAGGAAAGGUGGGCCGGGCUGCCCCCCAACAUCGAGGCUGCUGCAGUGUCAUUGGAGAGCGGAGACUUCUACUUCUUCAAAGGGAGUCGAUGCUGGAGGUUCCGGGGCUCCGAGCCAGUGUGGGGGUCCCCACAGCCGUGCCGUGCAGGGGGCCUGCCCCGUCACCCCGACGCAGCCCUCUUCUUUCCUCCUCUGAGCCGCCUCGUCCUCUUCAAGGGCGCCCGCUACUACGUGCUGGCCCGGGGGGGCCUGCAGGUGGAGCCCUACUACCCCCGAGGCCUGCAGGACUGGGGCGGUGUCCCCGAAGAGGUCAGCGGUGCCCUGCCCCGGCCAGACGGCUCCGUCAUCUUCUUCAGAGAUGACCGCUACUGGCGCCUGGACCAGAACAAACUACAGGUGACCGCCUCCGGCCACUGGGCGGCAGAGCUGCCCUGGAUGGGCUGCUGGCACGUCAACUCGGGGGGCGCCCUGUUCUCGCCUGCCUCGCGGUGAACUGUGGGUGCUCUGGUGGCCAACGUGGGUUCCCUGCCCUGGGGGCAGAAGCUGCUGCUGAAGCCUCGGAGCCUCCCUGCCGAAGACCCAGCACGGAAGUUUGUCCGUGUUUGCUCCCUGGAGAAUGUGGCAUCGUCUUGGUGCUGUCCCCAUCCCAGGAUCAAUCCCAGGAGAAGCCAAAACGGGUCCCAGACUCCACAGCCUCUUUGCCGGAUACUCUUUCCUCCCCAGGCCUUGGGGAUUUUGCUCUUUUCUUCUGGGAAGGGCGCAGCUCCUGUCCGUGAGGGGGCAGCACUGGGUGACCAGGGAGGACUCAAGUGUCUGCAGAGGGGUUGGGACCGCUCUGCAAGGUUGUCGCCUUCCCUUCAGGACCUUUGGGCUCAAUUCUUGGAGAACUGUAUUGUAUUUAAUCAGAGGCCCGGCCCCCAGGAAGCCUGGAGGGUUGGGUACAAGGGUUUCCCACCUCAGAGGCCCUGGGGAGGAUCAGGACCCAGAGCAAGAGGGAGACACCUGCCGUGCGGCUGGGCCCCAGUUUUUUUGCGGGAGCCUGGAAUAAAGAGGUGUCUCCGGCUGGUGGGCCUGAGGGCACCAAUCAGCCUUCCUGGGA